AUAUUUUUUCACUGCUGCAUAUCGAAAGGAAAAUUCUGCGAUUGCGGUUGUAAAAUUCAAUUUAAUGCGUUGUGUCUUCGUUGAAGAAUGUAAACUUAAGCUAGUUUAUUGAAGUUUGGCCGAAUAUCUAACUCAGCAAAGUGUUUUUAUUAAUUUUAAAGCCUCUAAGCUAGAUGCGAUAUUCUGACGGUAAGAGCAUUAAAAAUGAUCUGAGCAUAGAAUAAGUUGUGAAUCACGGGAUAGAUUCCGACCGUCGACGAAAUUACACUAUUUAAAGAGCUGUGCAAAAGAUAUCUCAGAAUGUUUAGUAGCUCAUGUGAAUAAAAGAAUAGCAUUCGUCGAAAUAAAUGCGAGAGACCCCUUUUCGAUACAUUAACAAGUAAAAAAAUACAAGGAAUGUUGGUAAGGAUGUUUUACACAUCCUGCCGGAACAUGACUAAGGCGAAAAAUUUUGCCAUAGUGGUGGUGUGCCUACUGAUUGCUGGAAUUUUAAUAUUUAAUACCUCCUCGGUCUCCUCAGAUGACAGCAACAAAGAAUACUCUAUGGUACCGGAGAACGACAGUAUGGUGGUUUGUCUCGAAAGUUUUGACGACACACGCAAGUUGAUGUUUGACGCCGGCUAUAAUGAUAUUGCAGACCCGGAUUCGGCGUCAGAAACCAUCAUCUAUUUUGUCACACCGACAUAUCCCCGGCGGGAACAGGCGGCCGAAAUAACUCGUCUCGGUCAGACACUGAUGCACGUACCCAAUUUACACUGGAUUGUAGCGGACGAUACCGAGAUCUGUAAUCAAUUUCUCGACAAACUGCUGAAAAAAUUUGGUAUUCCCUAUACUCACAUCGCCAGCCCUAUGCCAGUUUUCUACCGUACUAGGAAGCUUGUCCCAAGAGGUGUUGCCAAUCGACGUGCUGCUCUAUCGUGGAUACGCAGCAACAACAAGAAAACGGGUGUCCUUUAUUUUGGCGACGACGAUAACACAUUCGAUCUGAAGCUGUUCAGUGAGAUUCGAACCACUAAGAAAGUGUCGAUGUUCCCUGUCGGUUUGAUAGGCGACUACGCUGUCAGCACACCGAUUGUUACAAACGGUAAAGUUCAGGGUUUUUUCGACUCUUGGCCGGCAAAACGAAAGUGGCCUGUGGAUAUGGCCGGGUUCGCAGUAAACCUAGAAUAUAUGGCCCUCAGUUCGAACGUUACGAUGCCAUACAAGGCUGGAUACGAAGAGGACGAGUUUCUCAAAAGUAUCGGCCUAAAGAUGCAAGAUAUCGAACCGAAAGCGAAUAAUUGCACGGAAAUUCUCGUCUGGCAUACCCAAACCAAGAACAAUAAACCACCAAAGAUACGUAUUAGUAGCGGAGCAUUACAAAAUGAUAAAGCAAACCUAGGGAUACUUCUCAAGCAGCUCGAGUCAAUGGGUGUGAGUCAUAUCAGUCAGUCUGAAGGUACUGCAGCACAAAUUACCAAGGAUGGCAAAUCAAAGUCACUACUCUCGUGGUUCAGUUAAUUCUCCUCUUCUGCUCCUCAUACUACUUUAUACAAUUUGAACAUAUCGCAUCAAAUUGUACAAUGAUAUUAAAAAAAAAACUAACUUUUAUACUAGUUCAAGCCAGUGAUGUAGACGGAUCUUACUUUCGGCGACACUAGAAUCCAGAUGAAUGUAAAAUACUGCACUGUGGAUGGGACGUUUCCCAACCGUAACAGUCACAAUUGACUCAUUGAAGUUUAGUUUAGCUUUAGACAUGUCGCACAGAAACACGCAUCAACACAAGAGUAUAGGUACAACUCACCGUUGGGAAAGUGGAAGGAAAGUAAGUCGAAUGAAGGUACCCAUUUUGAGAUUAUUACAAACCGCAGUUGCGAUUGACUAAAUGAUAGAUGAAAAUAAUUAUAUCGAAAUUGUCGAAAAUUAAACCUUGCUUAAAAACGUUACGAUUGGCAUAUAAAUAGUUAAAACUGCUGUUAAAUACAGUUGAAGGUCAUUUGGCAUGAAGUUUGACUUGGGUGAAAUUGUUUGGUUUGAAAUGAAAUUCUUGCAGAAUCAGAUAUGCCAGCAAAUUAGCUAGCGACAGGAAGUUCUGAUGAAUCUACUGAAAAUAACCCAAAACCCAUCAAGAUAACUCACUCAAACACAUUUUGCUGUCUAUAUCUAUAGGCUUACCCAACGUUACAGUAGGUUUAGUUUUAACAAAAUAAUUACUAUUUAAUUUUAUUUUCAAACCUUUGUAUCUGAAUAUAAUAAGCUUUCUUUCAGAUCAGACAUAGUUAGCUCCUUUGCAAACCGUAUUCUGCUAUGCCAAAUGGCCUAACAUUAAGCAUAGCUUAAACAGCACUUCAAUUUGCUAAUAACUAGGCCUUUCUAUCCUCAACAACUGGGUUUACUUAUAGAUUAGAUAGACUGCAGUUAAACGAACAAGUCCUCCCUAAGAGACACGUGUGCAUGCAACUAAUAUUUUGAACGGUGGAGAAGCUUCCAAGGUUUACAUCAUAUGUUUAUUCACUGUGAUAUUAGUUUAGAUUAAUCAGGAUAUCGAGGUGAAUUUGAUUUAGUUGGAUUGAAACAAUCUCUUAGCUUCGUGAUCACUUUCGUUUUGUGUGACGUUUUAGUGUGAUCAGUGAUAUAAAAAUGACAGGAAUCAUCAAUCAGUGCACAAUGCAAUAUAAUAAAUCAUCAAUAUGGUUACCCAGGAACAAUCGCCACUAUUAUAAAACCAUCGCCAAACGCAGUGUAUCGACAGAGUUUAGUCAAGUAUUUGUAAAAGCUAUCAGUUGUAGAGAUGUUCCAUGCUUUCUUUAAGUGCCAACUUUAGAACGCAAGAUUAUUCAGUGCAGCCACUGUAAAUAUAUUUAGGUUCAACUUCCUUUACAUGAAAGCAUGCUUAACACACUGUAUUAUAGAUUGAUCAUCAUACCACUCUACUUGAAAUAAUUCAGCUUGAUUUCUCGAUUGAUUUUAAUAACUACACCUAAACUUAAUUUUAAAGAACAAUAUACUAGAUCUGAAUAUCACA